CUGCGCGCGCCCCUAUGUUCCCGAGGCCGGAGCCGCCGGUGCCCGCGCGCCCAGGGUGCCAUGUUCUGGAAGUUUGACCUGCACACCAGCUCCCACAUCGACACGCUGCUGCAGAGGGACGACCUGGUCUUGGCUCAGCUCCUGGACGAGGAGGACGUGCUGCAGGAGUGCAAGGUGCCGCACCCCAAGCUGCUGGACUACCUGCUGCGGCCGGCCCAUCUGCAGGCCCUCGUGGACUGGGUCACGCAGGAGCCCCCAGCCGCCGGCGACGAGCGGCUGCGGUACAAGUACCCCAGCGUGUCCUGUGAGAUCCUGACCUCCGACGUCCCCCAGAUCAAUGACGCCCUCGGGGAGGAUGAGGCCCUGCUGGGCCGCCUGUACGGCUUCCUGCAGAACACAGGCCCCCUGAACCCCCUGCUGGCCAGUUUCUUUAGCAAAGUCAUGGGGGUCCUGAUCAACCGGAAGACGGGCCAGAUAGUGUCCUUCCUGCGGAACAAGGCCGACUUUGUGCCUUUGUUACUUCAUCACAUCGGGACGUCUGCCAUUAUGGACCUGCUGCUGAGGCUGCUGACCUGUGUGGAGCAGCCGCCCCUGAGGCGGGAGGUCCUGGAUGUGAGCCCUGCCUCCCCUCUCCUCCCCUCCCCCUUCUCCUUUUUCCAUCUCUCUCCCCCUUCCCUCUGUCCCUCCUUCUCU